AUGAGGUUGCCAGAAGAGGAUACGUAUGCUUACGUCCUGACACUUCGCAUCGCUGGUGUUACCUAUAUUAAUUUCAGAAACUGUGAGCUUCAACAUAAGCCGCCUCCCGCCUCCAUGCGUUUGAGUCGAGAGGGUCUUAUGAUCCCAUUUCUGAGACGCUCGUCACCUCCUGCCUCCUCCCUCCUCCUCCUCUCCUCCUCCUCCUCCUCCUCCUCCUCCUCUCCACAGUGUCUCAAGAUGUUGAAAGAGAGAGGAAGCCACUUGGCCACAUAUUUCCUCCUUUCCUGCGGAACGUUAUAUAAAAAUAACAAAAUUGAGCCGCACUCUCCGUCGUCCGUUUUUAAAGGUGAGCAACAGGACCCUGGCGACAGCAGCCUCCAGCAUCCUUAUACCUCGUCCUCCUCCUCCCCUUCCCCUCCCGUAACUCGCAUCUCCUUGUCGGGUAAGGGGAUUGAGAAAUCUUUCUCUUCCUCCUCUUCCUGCUCCUCCUCCUCCUCUCCUCCUCCUCCUCCUCCUCCUCCUGCUCCUUUUCCUUCUACCUCCUCCUCCUCCUCCUCCUCCUCCUCCUCCUCCUCCUCCUCCUACUUCUCGAGCCAUCCUCAAUGCGUCUUGCUCACAACUGGGCGACCCGUGUUCGAUUCUCAAACAGGACGAGCGGCAGCGGCGGAAGAGCCAAUUCGUACCCAGGUAAAUUCGGACUCCAUCGUCAUCAUCGUCCUCGUCGUCGUCGUCAAAGGCUCAAAACAAGUUUUGAGGAAAGGCGUGGUGGUGGUGGUGGUGGUGGACCUGUUCGUCCUCCAACUAACUUUUUAA